AAUCAAAAGGUAUCCGCACAAACCGGAAGCUCAAUUAUGAUUGAGAAAGUAAAGGAUUAAAACCUUUUUUUGUCAUUUUAUGUAUAAGACACUGUCAAAAUCAUCGUUUGAGAAAAACAUGGAUGAAGAAUCAGAAUAUACAGGCCGCAGAAGUAUAAUCACAAGUUUGCCAUCAGACUAUAGUGAUGUUCAGCCAAGAAGUUAUGACCCAGAUUUUAUCUCGUCAAUCAGUAACAAGAUGCAGGUUCCUGACUCCAUACCAGUCAUGAAUGGAGACACCGAGUUCAAUACAAGGCGGAGCGCUGGAUGGGGAAAUAGGGAAGAAGAAGAAAUGAGAAGGCAUGAGAUGAAUGUUCCUGAAAGAAUUUUACUUGCAGGUGGCGGUGCACAUAUUGGGACCAAACCCGAAAUAAGGGGACUGAAUUUUGAUGAUGAUAUUCCGAGGGGCGGAUACCAUGGCACUGGCGGGUUACAGACACCACCAAGAACAUUAACUCUAGAUGAACCAUAUGGGUCACUUGAAAGAGGAGAAUCAAUGGAAGAUCAAGAAGAAUUAGUUCAUAAUCAUGUACCAAAUGGGUAUGACUACCAGUUUAAGACGAUGGCAAUAAAGGAGGUAUACACCCCGGUGUCCAACUCCGACUCUAUGAUGAUUAGUGAAGAAGAGACAAUCCAGCUGCGUAAUCAGCUGACAAAGUUACACAGACGUUUGACGAAAAUAGAGAAGCAGCAAGAUGUGCAAGCCACGCGGGAGAAGCUCUUAUACUCGGCUGCUUUCGGCUACAUGAUGUUGAAAUUCUGUUACUGGUUCUUCCGGAGCAAAUGACAACUAAUGUCGGUCAGACCGUCUGCUGGACCGAAACUCUUAAACAUUCACACACUCUCGUUACUAUAUAUUAUGAUUGUGAUAUAUUAUAGGAAGAAGAUUAUGGAAGGCCGUAAACGCCUUCCGUCAUUUUUGAAUUAUCUGAAAUACAUAUGGGAAUGGUUUAUGCCUAGUACGGAAAAAAAUAUGCAUAAAUAUUAACUGAGUUAAGACUGUGUAUGUAUGAUGUAAAGUAUAGUCACACCUGUAAAAACAGACCAACUCUGGUUAAAGGCCACUCCACAAAAAAAAACUGUUGAUUGAGAACUACUUUUUAGCUCGACUUUUCUAUGAAAAGGGGAGCUAUCCUACUCGCCCCGGCGUCGGCGUCGGCGUCACACCUUGGUUAAGUUUUUCGUACCACCCCACUUUAUUUCAGAAGUAUUACAAGUAUGGCUUUGAAACUUACCAUACUUGUUCACCAUCAUAACCUCCAUCUACAGACAAGAGUACAUAACUCUGUCAAGGUUUUUGACAGAAUUAUGGCCCUUUUUUGACUUAGAAAGUGUAUUGAGCUUGGUUAAGUUUUUUGUACCACCUCACUUUAUUUCAAAACCAUUGGAGGUAUUGCUUUGAAACUGACCAUACUUGUUUACCAUCACGACCUUCAUCAACAGACAAGAGGACAUAACUCUGUCAAGGUUUUUGACAGAAUUAUGCCCCUUUUUGACUUAGAAAAUACAUUGAAUAUGGGUAAAAUCCACUUAUUGCCUUAACCCUUUGAGAUAUUGCUUUGAAACUUUUAAUGCUAUUUCACAUCAUUACCCCCAUCUGUACGCAAGAGAAGGUAACUCUGUCAAGGAUUUGUUUUAAAAAUUAAGGCCUUUUAUCGACUUAGAAUCUUGGUUAAGUUUUUAGUACCAGUCCACUUUUUGACUGAACUGUUUGAGAUAUUAAUUUGAAAGUUGGAAUACUUGUUUACAAUCAUGAUUCCCAAACAUGUCCAAUAUACUAAAUAUCUUAAUGCUCAUGGCCAUUGUUCACUUUAAAAAUACAGAGAUUCUUGUAUUGCCUUUUACUGCAAAAACUUUUUUUAUUGGCAAGCAAUAAAAAAGUCGAGCGCGCUGUCUUACGGACAGCUCUUGUUACUUCUCUUUUUGAUUGUUUAUAUUUUAAAUUGACCUUUUGUUGGUGACCUUUUGUCAACAAAUUGAAAAAAAGAAUGAGAUUAACACUGGUUAAAGACCACAAAAAAAAUAAAACCUUUUCAAUUGAGACUACCAUUUGUUGGUGACCUUUUGUCAACAAAUUGCCUAUGACUGGACAGGGCUUUAAAUAGAAACAAUGUUGACUAUACUGCUAUAACAGAUAUUAAAUUUUAGUGAAUUUUCGACAUGACUUUCUGAAACAGUAGGUAUUUUCAAGAGUCUUUUUAUCAUUAACAAAAUUUUAGUCAAUUAAUUUAAAGAUGCUCAUUAAUAGAUUAUUAGUAAUGUAUUUUGUAAGUUACAUACAUUUAUGCUUCAAUUGGUAUCAAUUUUUUUUUCUUUUUGUACUUUGAUUUUGAUUGUUUUUGACAAGCUGUGUAAAUAGAGAAGAAUAGAUUUAAGUUCAUUAUUACUUACCUUUGUGUAUUGUUUGUGAACAGAGUCAAGUAUGUUUUUGUUAAAAAAAAUCAAGUUUAUACAAUUUUUCUUUUCUUUUUGCAUCAGUGUAGGUGAAAUUGUGGUAAAUUUUUUUUCUUCUUUAAAUCAGUCAAUCGUCAAUAUUGAAAGAGAGAGGCUUGUUUCUGAUGAAUGAGUUCAAGAUAUUAUAUAGAUUUCUUUUCUGGUCUUUAGAGGUUUUUGGUUUUAUUGAAAAUGAUUGCAGAGAUGUCAUGUAUGUAUAUAAGUGCUAGAACAUGAUAACUUUUAAAUAUUUCUUGCUAAAUGACCUUUAAAUCUUGGCAAAAAGUCAACUGCUGAAGUAGGGAGUUAAGAUAUGUACUUGUUUUGGCCAACUGUUUGCAUAUUUCAACUUCGAAUAAAAAAAAAGAAGUAUUUUUCCUUGCAUUUAAAUGUUACAUUAAAUAUGUUGUUUUUUUACAUUGUAUAGAAGUAGAAAUUAUUUUUCAUAUACAACCAACCAUUUUGCAUUUCGUUUUUGAUUUUCUGUUGAGAAUGGUUUGUUGUUAUGGAAAAUUUCGUUUUUUUCUUUCACGAUUAUUGAUAUAUAAAUACAUGUAUUAAUGACUUAGGUUUUUUGUUUGAAAUUCUUCUUCUGUUAAAUCCCCUCGGAGGGAUGUAGACAGUGAUGUAGAUAUGUGAUAACAUUGUAGAUUAAGAUAGUGUGUUAAUAAUGACCAAUUUGAGAUUUUGUUAUGUAAAAAUCAUGUGACUGAUUCUUUUUAUUUUGCUUGUUUUUUAGAGUGAAUUGAUAUUUUUUAAGUUGGUCAAAAUGAGGUGCCUUGCAAACGGUACUUACAGUCCACUUGAAUUACCAAAAAAAAAGAGGUUAAAAUUGGUAAUUAAUUGCAUUUAACUUGUAAAGUAUUACUUGAAGUUUGAAUCCAAUUUACUUUCCUUAAAAUAUUUCUGCAUAUUGCUGAAGUUUAAUUUUCUUGAAAUAUUUUGGCUUAUCUGGAGGCAUGCAGCUUUAAGUAAAACCCAGUUAUUAAUUAAAAGUCUGUCCGAUUGCAUUAUAGGGAGAGCAUUGGAUUUGAAAUCAAUGGGUAGCUGGUUCUAUCCUCUGGCAAGGGGUAAAUUUUUGGUGACAGUUGAUCAUGGACAUUAAAUCUAAUAGUUAUUUGUCUCUCACCUUGUGUGGGGAAAAGUUGUCUGCCCUUUGAGGAGAAAUUGGUUGUUACAAGUUAGUCAUAUAGGAAAGCUGGUACGGUGGACUAAUUGUGAAGAUGUGACCAUUAUAUAUAAUUGGCGUAAUUAAGCUUUCCUUUUUGGUAUAUGUCUAAAAAUAUGCGAUAUAAAGGGGAUUAGCCUAGACAAGCUGUUUGAAAUGAAAGUACAGGAAAACUGUGUUUGUGUUUGAUAUGAAUACUAAUUUCAAGUGUCUGGGCUACAUGUAAUUUUGUCUUUUAUUUUAUUACAUUACAGAUUAAGUAAUUAUUUCGAUUAAAGAGACUCCACCAAGUUUUUUUUUUGACAUGACGAGACUGAAAAAUUUUCGAGAUGAAUUUUCGAUUUGAUGUAGGUGAAAAUAGCACAAAAGUACUAUUUCAGUUUAUUAUAUACUUACAAAUGAAAUAUUGAGAAAUAUUGAUGAAAUAAAAUGCGUAUUUUCAUUUUCCGUAUUUUCACUGUAAAAAUUUAUUUUUCACUGCAGUGAAACAUAUUUUCCGUAUUUUCACUGGUGUCUUGCCGGACUACUUUUUUUAAAAUUCUGCCAGUACACAAAAUUUAAGGGAAAGUCUUUCAAAUUUUAAUGUCAAAAAAGAGAAAAAUGUAUAUAAUAAACAGAAAAUUCAAGUUUUGUAUAUAAAUACAUGAUUUAUUUUCAUCUUGUGGCAUGAAAAUUACCAUAUUUCACUCGUGGCUACCGCCACUCAUGAAAUAUUUAUUUUCAUUCCACUCGAUAAAAAUAAAUCAUGUAUUUAUAGACAAAACUUGAAUAUCCUCUAUUUAUUUCGGAGUGUAUAUUUCUUAAUCAUUUUUUGCAUAUAUUUCUGUUUUAAGAACUCCAGCUGAUCUAUGUAAGAAAUACAGAUUUUAGGUUUCUAGAUCUCAGUCGAGUACUUUUAAGUUCUAGAUAAAAGUUUAUCUUUAAUAGAAGGCCAAUUUUGCUCCAUAGAAUUUGCUCAUGGGGCUAUGAUACUUGUAAGUUAGUAUAAAUAACAUGUUUUUUGAUAAAGGCUCUGAAUAAAAAAACAACAGAUUUUUCAUUUAUUGGCUGCAAAAUUUCUUCACAUUUCCUUGCAUAGUAGUAUUAACUGAUCUUCAAUCAAAAUAAGUAGUGUACAGAAUCAUUACUACUUUAAUACAGAUGAUUAGAGAAGUUCAUAUCUAGUUAGUAGUGGCUGCUUUACUAUGAUAAAUUGCUGCUUAUCUUGAAAAAAAAACAAAAUUUUUUUUUUCAGUUAUGUCAAUGUUUAUUUAAUUUUUUGUAAAUAUACAUCUGAACCGUU